UCGGCGCCCGGCGCGCUCCAGCCCUACCUGCGCCUCAUGCGGCUGGACAAGCCCAUCGGGACCUGGCUGCUGUAUCUGCCAUGCACCUGGAGCAUCAGCUUGGCCGCGGAACCGGGCUGUUUUCCAGACUGGUCUAUGCUAGCCCUCUUUGGCACCGGAGCCGUUCUGAUGCGUGGAGCAGGCUGUACUGUCAAUGACAUGUGGGACCAGAAGUACGAUAAAAAGGUUACAAGAACAGCAAACCGCCCAAUAGCUGCCGGAGACAUUUCAACCCUACAGUCCCUCGUUUUUCUUGGGGGACAGCUCACCUUGGCACUGGGUGUCCUUCUGUGUCUGAAUCACUACAGCAUCGCUCUGGGCGCAGCGUCUCUUCUCCUGGUCACCAUCUACCCGCUAAUGAAAAGAGUCACAUACUGGCCUCAGCUAGUCUUGGGGUUGACUUUUAACUGGGGAGCAUUACUUGGCUGGUCUGCUGUCAAAGGCUCCUGUGAUCCAUAUGUUUGCCUGCCACUUUAUUUUUCUGGAAUUAUGUGGACACUGGUCUAUGAUACCAUCUAUGCCCAUCAGGAUAAAAGAGACGAUGCGCUCCUCGGUCUCAAGUCAACAGCGCUGCGGUUCCGCGACAACACCAAGCAGUGGCUCAGUGGCUUCAGCCUGGCGAUGCUGGGGGCUCUGGGUCUGGUGGGCGUGAACUGCGACCAGACGCUGCCCUACUACGCUACUCUGGCUGCCAUGGGAGCCCAUCUGACUCACCAGGUGCGCGUUUGCACGUCUCUCGUCCCUGUUCUCGCAGUAUAA